GAUGCUUCUUCAAAGAUGGCGGAAAAGUUGGUAGUGCUAACUUUUUUACUACUUUUUGUAAGUUUUCAACCGGUGAUUUCCGAAGAAGCUGUAGAUCAAGGAUCAAUUAAAACAGAAGACGAUCAAAAUUUCAACGAUUUGAGUCCGGCCUUUGAGCCGGGCUCCUACGUGGAGAAUAUUGUAGAGAACUCUCUUUCCACAAGAGGUCUCACAGAGAAAAGUAUCCGUGCGGCUCAAUACCAUAAGCACACAGAAGAACCAGUAGCUUAUGAAGAGAGCAGAGAUAUUCCUGAUGAGCAGGCCCCAACUAAAGCUCCUGAGGAGAGCAAGGGUAGCCCAGGAUUUUUUUCACAAAUUUAUUCAGAACUGACUCAUUUUUACAAUGAUGAUGACCCUGAUGAUGGUGAUUCUGAGACUCCAUCUGAUGAAGAGGAGGCCGAGGAGGGCGAAUUAGAAGAUGGUGAACAAGAAGAAGAAAAUGAGAAAACAAUCACUAAUGGUGAUGAUGAAACAACAUCAAGAGAGAAUUCCCAAAAUGGUGAAUCAGUAGACAAUAAAGAAGAACAGAAAGAGGAGGAGCAAAUUGAUAUUGCUAAUGAUGAAACACCAUACGGAGAAGAGGAAGCCAUAGAUGGCAAAUCAGCAGACAGUGGAAAAGACCAGAAAGGAGAAGAAAAAAUAGAUAGUGCUGAUAUCGAAGCACCAUCAAAGGAAGAGGAGGCCUUAGAUGGUGAACCAGGAAAAAAUAUAAAUGAAUCAAAAAAUGAAGAAAAAGCAUGUAAUGCUAAUGUUGAAUCACUAUCUGGGGAGGAGGCCCUAGAUAGUGAAUCAGAAAAAAAUAUAAAAGAAGUAAAAAAUGAACAAAAAAAUGAGACUGCUGUUGGUGAGGCAGUUGAUGAGGAGAAUGUUAAGAGUGAGUCUGAAUUUAGAUCGGAGUCAGACAACUCUGAAGAUACCAUGGAAAAAACUGUAGAGAAGGAGACUGAUUUCAAAGAGAGCAAAGAGGAGAUUAAGUCUGAGUCUGAACUGGAGAUUGGCCAUACUGAGAAUGUCAUCGCUAAACCUUCAAGUGAGGAGGCCAUAGAAGAGGAUAUUGAUAGCAAGAAGGAGAAUCAACAGGAUUUAUUGAACAAACAGUUUGUGUUUGAUGAAGAUCUAUCUUUGGAAUCAGCUGAUGUAACGUCUGAAAGUGCAAAACCUGAAAUUCCUGUGGAAACAAAAGGACUGGAAACUGAUAACACUGAGGAAAGUGGCAAGGAACAAGAACAUACACAGCAAGAGCCAGAGGAUGGAUGCCCUGCAUUUGAGAAGAAUGACGAGAAGAGUGAAGGAAUGGAAAUAAAAAAUGGGUGGUUCAAACUUUCCGAUGAGGAGUUGGAGCACUUGCGAGUUAAGAGAAAGGAAGUUAAUGAAGAAGACAAUACUUACUCUAGGAAGGCAGAGGAACUCAUUGAGGAGCAGAAGAGAGAGUCAUUGUUGGAAAAGGAAAGGAGAAUUGCUGAAGAGCAAGAAAAGAGGAAGGAGGAUGAGGAAAAGAUCAUUAAAUCUGAGUCACUAAAAGAAUCAGCUGAUUCUCCAAAAGAAGAGGAAGAUCAAAUACAAGAGGAGUUUGCCAGGAAGAUAAGACUUGAGUCUUUGAAAGAGCAAUUCAAGCAGGUAGAAGCAAAUGAGAAGAAGGAAGAUAAGAGGCAAACAAAAAAGGAAGUUAAAGAAUCAGCAGAUUCUCCAAAGGAAGAGAAAGAUCAAAAACAAGAGGAGUUUGCCAGGAAGAUAAGACACGCUUCUUUAAAAGAGCAACACAAGCAGGUGGAAGCCAAUGAGAAGAAGGAUGACAAGAGGAAAAUGAAGGAGAAAGCUGAAGAACCAGCAGAUUCUCCAAGGGAAGAGAAAGAUCAAAUACAAGAGGAGUUUGCCAGGAAGAUAAGACAUGCUUCUUUGAAAGAGCAACACAAGCAGGUGGAAGCCAAUGAGAAGAAGGACGACAAGAGGCAAAUGAAGAAGAAAUUUGAAAAGGAAAGACAAAACUCUAUAAAGAGAGAAAAUGGAAUCAAAGUAAAAGAUAACGGUGCAAAGAAGGAGGUUCCUCACUAUGAAAGGGUUCAAAGAAAGCAAAAACCACGGAAAGAUGAGGCUGAACCUUCUCAGGAGAAUGGAAACCAAAGAAAAAAGCAUGAUGAGGAAGAAGAGCAUAGAAAACGAAAGGGUGCAUUUGACAAAAAUGUAGCUGAAGAAGCUGCUCUGAAGAAAAAACUGGAACAAUUAAGUGAGGAAAGGAAAAAGUAUGAGAAACUGGCAGCAGAGUAUUCUCACAGCAAGAAGCAAAGACAAGCCCAACAGCCACGGGGAAAACCUUUGGCUAGUCAAGCCCCAAAACCUAAGUCCAGAACAUCUGCAACUGUAUCAAGUGGUCAAGGAAAAUCAGGAGUGAAUACACAGGAUAGAAGACCUCAGAGAACUCAGCAAACUCCAAAAGUUCAAAGAACUCAGGUACCCCCUACAAGAGCUACAAUCAGAGAUGGGGAAAUUGGGGCUUCACUGUCCACUGAUGCAGCCUAUGUUACCCCUAAAAGUGUGACUGCCAGCACUAUGGGUGUGUCUGGUACAGAAACAGGUACCACAGGGCGUGGGAAGGGUACAGUUGCACCAGGAACAUCCACUAGGGCUAAUUCUUCCUUGCUUCCUACUGCCUCCCUAGAGGAGGCAGUAGAAGAAUCAACUCCAGUUGAGCCUGUCCAGAGAUCAGUGGCAGAUGAUGGAGUGCCUGGUCACACUGAUACCAAAGUGGAGUCUCAUCCCACUGUAGAGACAACAGGAACAACUUCCAAAGCAACAAACCAUGAGAGUGAGCGUUCAAGCUCUGUGCAUCUGGUUCAACUUGAAGAACAAAUCCCUAAAAACGAUGUCCACUGUGCUGAUGGCUUUUGUCGUGCAAAACCUGAGGUAAUUUCACUGGCCUCUCGUUUCCAACAAGUGGAAAAGAAAUCAACUGUUGGUUUGGUGGAACCUCCAUUGAAAGACAAUGCUUCUCAAGCUAAAGAUGCACCCAGUGGAUUUGCCAACUUUAUGAAAGGUUUCCGCAAUUUUCAUGAGGUGUCAUUGCAGUUUAUCCUCCAGUAUUGGCCCUCUGUGAAAAAUGCAACCAAAAACUUGCUGUCACGUGUGGGCUUAGACCAGGCAUUUGAGCAGCUUUGUAAGGAUCUCGCAGAUGUUCACCCUGCUGUCCUGUUGUCAACAGUUGUGUUUGGUACAUUGGGUAUCCUGUACUUUUUCUGGUCUAUCACUUUUGGAAGGAUGGGAAAUGGCACCCAUGGACCCAAUCCUCGUGAUGUGCUGAAAAGUCAUGAAGCUAGAGUACGCUUCUUGGAAGAGGAGGUUGAGUCAUUGAAGGCAGAAAGACUUAAGAUGGAAAUGGACCGAAAUAAUUACCAUAAAGAGAAACUCAUUGCAGAGGAAGAAUCGCGCAACUUGCGUUCAAAUACAGAAAUCCUUACAAGAGCAGUGGAGAAACUGCAGAAAGAAAGGCAGGAGAUGCAAUUGGAAAUCAAAAGCACGCAGGAAAAUUUGAAAGGACUUGAAGUUGUUCUCAAGGAGAAAGAUCAUGAAAUUGCCAACCAUGAAAAUGCGAUUGCAAACUUGAAUUUUAAGAUUGGAACACUGGAUGAUGAAAUUGUCAAGUUAAAUGAUCAUAGCGAUAGAAUGCAGAUGGAGAAGGAGGCACACAAAGAACAUAUUGGAAAACUGAAUGAGAAGAUCGAACAUGCUAACAUUGAGCAUCAGAAGCUCCAAACUAUUCUGGCAGAGAUGGAGGAAAAGAAGCAAGUGCUUCAAACAGGGUGUGAUGAUCAGUCGCUGCGUCUGUCUGACCUCCAACAGCAAUACGAAUUUAAAUGCAAUGAGAUUGAGGUGUUGAAGGAUUGCUUCAAGCAAAUCAAAUUACAGGAUGGUGAGGAAGAACCAGAUGAAGAGGAAAUGACUGAAAGGCUACAAAACCUAUUGAAAGUUCAUGAGGUGACGGAAAAGAAUGACAAAUUGCAAGAGAAAGUCGAGGAACUGGAGGCAGAAGCUGAAAAGCUAAGAAGGACGAACAAGAUGUUUGAAGAGGACAAUGUUGAGAAGACAGAACGAGCUGAGCUGGCCGAGAGUAAAGCUACUCAGGCCUUGCUAAUACAGCGAGAAAAGGAAAUUGAACUGGAGGCACUGCAGAAGUAUUUCAAAUCAAGUGAAGUGGAAUUACACCGAAAAAUUACAGCUGAGGAAUCAACCCGAAUUUCUAUCGAGAAUCAGCUGCAUUCAGAACAAGCCAAGGCUUCCUCUGCUGUGGUAGAUGCGGAUAAGUACAGGCAGCUUUAUCUAGACAUCAAGAAACAGAUUGAAGAGAUCGACGAGAGCAAGAAAGAGCAGUUGAUGGUCGAGAUUCUCCUGCAACAAUGAGUCCUAUGCCUGGGGUUCCUAGUCAUGGUAGCCCAGUUCCAUUUGGUGCACCUCCAAUGAUGGGACCUCUCCCGCCUCCUUCAUCCAUGUUUCCGGGCCAACGAAGACCGCAUCCCGCAGAUUUCCUUGGGAUGACACCUCCUCGACAGCCCUUCCCCCCUCCAGGCCCUGCAACCAAAGGCCAUGCCACGCCUCCUCCCACAACAGUUGCUUCCUCUGCUCAGUCCUCUCAAAAACCUAUCGAUAGCGUAGAUUCCUUUGGCCAUGACAACACGGAUGGAUCAUCUCACCCUCCUCUUCCCCUUGGCCCCAUGGCUGGGUUUGGCCCUCCUCCUUCAAUCCCUCCGAUGAUGCGAAUGCCAAGAUUUCCACCUCCUCCCAUGAUGCAUCCUUCGCCAAAUGGACCUCUGCCUCCUCCAAUGUUCUUGCCUCGACCUGGUGGACCUAUGCCUCCUCCUCCACAAGGCACCAGGCCUCAAGCAAGCUCUACUCCUAGCCGUUCAUAAUUUCUGACUACCAAAAAUUACUCUUUGAAUCAAAAUUUUUUCUUUUUUACAUUAAGUGUUCACAUCUGUGGGAAACUAAUAUUUCAAUGAGCACUAUAACCAGUCAACUUCUCUGACAGAAUGAAAAUUGAAAAUUGACUUCAAGAAAAUUUCAAAGAGUAUGACAGAUUAUUUAUAAAGUAAAUUUUAAUGUUCUCCAGAGAUGUCGGAUUCUGAACCCGAAAUAAAGUACUCUAUCGUUUGAAUUGUG